AUGGCGCCCAUCGCCGUCUCCCCCGAGCGGGACGUUGGGCCCUUGAACACGCUGACCACCGACUUUGACGACACCAUCUGCUUCUAUCUCAACGGAACUCGUGUUGUGCUCGACGAGGUGGACCCUGAAGUUACUCUGCUGGAGUACCUGCGUGGCAUUGGUCUCACGGGGACCAAACUCGGAUGUGGCGAAGGCGGUUGCGGCGCCUGCACCGUGGUCAUCUCCCAGUUCAACCCGACGACGAAGCAAAUCUACCACGCGAGUGUCAACGCCUGCCUGGCCCCGCUGGCCAGCGUCGACGGCAAGCAUGUAAUCACGAUCGAGGGCAUCGGCAACACAAAAGCACCACACCCCGCCCAAGAACGCGUGGCGAAGAGCAACGGCAGUCAGUGCGGUUUCUGCACUCCGGGCAUCGUCAUGAGCUUGUAUGCCUUGCUGCGCAACAACCAAGCGCCGUCCGAAGAGGAUAUCGAGGAGGCUUUCGACGGCAACCUCUGCAGAUGUACGGGAUACAAGCCCAUACUCGAAGCAGCGCAGACCUUUAGCGUCGAGAGGGGAUGUGGCAAGGCACGGACGAACGGUGGCUCGGGCUGCUGUAUGGAAAACGGUGACGGCGAGAAGAAGGCGGGCGGGUGCUGCAUGGACAAGGCCAACGUUGACGACCAGCCCAUCAAGAGGUUCACGCCACCAGGUUUCAUCGAGUACAACCCCGAUACCGAAUUGAUCUUCCCUCCGGCCUUGAAGAAGCACGAAAUGAAGCCGUUGGCCUUCGGCAACAAGAGGAAGAAGUGGUACAGACCAGUCACCCUCGAGCAGUUGCUCGACAUCAAGAGCGUAUACCCCUCGGCCAAGAUCAUCGGUGGCAGCACCGAAACCCAGAUUGAGAUCAAGUUCAAAGCACAACAGUACCCCGUAUCCGUCUUUGUAGGAGACAUUGCAGAGCUGCGGCAGUACGAGUUCAAGGAUGAUCAUUUGGAGAUUGGUGGAAACGUGGUGCUGACGGACCUGGAACACAUCAGUAAAGAGGCCACGCGGCAUUACGGCGAUGCACGGGGCCAAGUCUUUGAGGGCAUCUAUAAGCAGCUGAAGUAUUUCGCCGGAAGGCAGAUUCGCAACGUCGGCACACCAGCUGGCAACCUUGUCACAGCUUCGCCAAUCUCGGAUUUAAACCCCGUUCUUUGGGCUGCCAACGCCGUUUUGGUGGCCAAGUCCCAGAGCCAGGAGACGGAAAUCCCCAUGUCACAGUUCUUCACUGGAUACCGAAGGACAGCGCUCCCGCAAGAUGCCAUCAUCGCCUCCAUCAGGAUACCUGUGACGGCCGCCAAGAAUGAGUUCUUUAGAGCCUACAAGCAGGCCAAGAGGAAAGAUGACGACAUUGCCAUUGUGACGGGCGCUUUACGGAUCAAGGUCGACGACGACGGUGUCAUCACAGAAUGCAACCUCAUCUACGGUGGCAUGGCUGCCAUGACUGUCGCCGCAAAAAACACGAUGGAGUACCUGGUGGGCAAGCGCAUUGACGAGUUGGAGACGCUGGAAGGAGCGAUGAACGCCCUCGGAACCGACUUUGACUUGCAAUUCAGCGUCCCGGGAGGCAUGGCUUCGUACCGGAAGGCCCUAGCGUUCAGUUUCUUCUACCGCUUCUAUCACGACGUAAUCACUAACCUGGGCGGACAAAGUCAACACGUUGAUACUGAGGCGAUUGACGAACUCGAGAGAGGUAUCUCUGGCGGAACUGAAGAUGAUGGCGCGGCUGCUGCGUACGAACAGGAGACCGUGGGCAAGUCCAAGAGUCACGUUGCCGCGCUGAAGCAGGUAACCGGUGAGGCACAGUACAUUGACGACAUUCCCGUGAUGAAGAACGAGCUGCACGGCUGCUUCGUGCUGUCCACCAAGGCCCACGCAAAGAUCAAGUCAAUCGACUACUCGCCUGCUCUCGACAUGCCGGGCGUCGUCGACUACAUCGACAAGGAUGAUGUCGACACCCCUGAGCAGAACCGCUGGGGCGCCCCUCACUUCGAUGAGCUCUUCUUCGCCGAAGGCGAGGUGUUCACUGCUGGUCAGCCAAUUGCCAUGAUACUCGCCACUUCAGCAUCUAGAGCUGCCGAGGCCGCACGUGCGGUCAAGGUCGAGUAUGAGGAACUGCCGUCUAUCCUUACAAUCGAGGAGGCCAUUGAGAAAGACAGCUUCCACAACUACUACCGAGAGCUCAAGAACGGAGACACUGAGGAGGCAUUCAAGAACUGUGAUUACGUGUUCACUGGUACGGCGCGGAUGGGUGGGCAGGAGCACUUCUAUCUCGAGACUCAGGCUUCGUUGGUUGUUCCAAAGCCUGAAGAUGGAGAGAUGGAGGUGUUUGCCAGCACCCAAAACGCCAAUGAGACGCAAGUGUUUGUUGCUCGCAUGACCGGUGUCCAAGCCAACAAAGUCGUUGUCCGCGUCAAGAGACUCGGCGGUGGCUUCGGUGGCAAGGAGACCAGAUCAAUUCAGCUCAGCGCCCCGCUCGCGCUUGCGGCCAAGAAGACGAAGCGUCCCUGCCGUUAUAUGUUGACCAGAGAAGAGGACAUGGUCACCUCGGGCCAGCGUCAUCCGUUCUUGGGCAGAUGGAAGGUUGGCGUGAACAAGGACGGCAAGAUCCAAGCGCUGGAUCUUGACGUGUUCAAUAAUGCCGGCUGGACCUUCGACCUAAGUGCGGCUGUCUGCGAGCGAGCGAUGUCGCACUCGGACGGUUGCUACAAGAUCCCGAACGUCUUCAUCCGCGGACGCUUAUGCAAGACCAACACAAUGUCAAACACGGCAUUCCGAGGCUUCGGCGGUCCUCAAGGCAUGUUCAUUGCCGAGACAUACAUGGAGGAGGUCGCAGACCGAUUGGGCAUGCCGGUCGAGAAAUUGCGUGAGAUCAACUUCUACAAGCCGCUGGAGCCGACACACUUCAACCAACCCCUGACCGACUGGCAUGUGCCAUUGAUGUACGAGCAGGUUCAGAAGGAGGCCAAAUACGAGCAGCGAAGAGAGCUCAUCAAGCGCUUCAACGACGACAACAAGUGGCGCAAGCGCGGUCUCUCCAUCAUCCCGACAAAGUUUGGUAUCUCGUUCACGGCUCUGUUCCUCAACCAGGCGGGCGCCCUCGUGCACAUCUACCACGACGGAUCCGUCCUCGUGGCUCACGGUGGUACGGAGAUGGGCCAAGGCCUGCACACCAAGAUGACGCAGAUCGCCGCACAAGCUCUCCAGGUGCCGUUGGAUAACGUUUUCAUCUCCGAAACGGCCACCAACACGGUAGCCAACGCCUCGGCGACAGCGGCAUCCGCCUCGUCAGACCUCAAUGGCUACGCCAUCUACAAUGCAUGUGCGCAGCUCAAUGAGCGCCUGGCACCGUACCGGGAGAAGCUCGGGCCGGCUGCGACGAUGAAAGACCUGGCACAUGCCGCCUAUUUUGAUCGUGUGAACCUCUCAGCGCAAGGCUUCUACAAGACGCCAGAGAUUGGGUACUCAUGGGACGAGAACCGAGGCAAGAUGUUCUUCUACUUCACGCAGGGCGUCACCGCCGCCGAGGUCGAGAUCGACACCCUGACGGGGACCUGGACUUGCAUCCGCGCAGACAUCAAAAUGGACGUCGGCCAGUCCAUCAAUCCAGCGCUCGACUACGGCCAGAUCCAGGGCGCCUUCGUGCAGGGCCUCGGCCUGUUCACCAUGGAAGAGUCGCUCUGGCUCCGCAACGGGCCGAUGGCGGGCAACCUCUUCACGCGAGGACCCGGGGCGUACAAGAUCCCCGGGUUCCGCGAUAUCCCACAAGAGUUCAACGUCACGCUUCUCAAGGACGUGGAGUGGAAAGACCUGCGGACAAUCCAGCGAUCACGGGGCGUGGGCGAGCCGCCGCUGUUCAUGGGCAGCGCAGUCUUUUUCGCGAUCCGUGAUGCACUGAAGGCGUCAAGACGGCAGUACGGGGUUGAGGCGACGGUCGGAGAGGACCGGGUGGGCGACGGCCUGCUGAGACUGGAGAGCCCGGCAACACCCGAGCGAAUCCGACUUAGCUGCGAGGACCCAAUUAUGAGAAGGGCAAGGGUGCUGCCGAAGGAGGGGGAGAAGAGCUUUUUUGUAGCCAUUUAG